AUGGACGUUUGGAACGCACGGGACAACAAGCAGCAUGGCAGCCAGAACUUCUGCGUAGUCUGGCGCCGCACAGACAACCAAGGCAGCGUUGCGCCUGAUGGCAUGACACAAUUCUGGGCCAUGCAAAGUCGGAAGGUGGGCACAGCCAUGCCUGCAGACGCAGUGAUCGCAGGCGAGUUCGCAAACAACCUCUGCGGUUUGAUCGUGUCUGAGGUGAAUCGGAAGGACUUAAGCAAAACCUUGCAAAAGAGCGGGGCGAUGCAGGACUGCGAGGGGCAGCGAAACCUCCAGAUAGAUGUCUUGGACAGAUACUUUCUGGAUCACGCAGUGGUCAUGCGGGGACUCUUGCCCAUUUCAGCCUGGCCCCGCAAUCGGCGGAAGUUGGCCUUGCCCUUUGGCACCAUGCUUUGCACCUGUGUCGAAUUCUUGUUGCAUGCCGACUGCGAGCACAAUUUCUGUGCAAAAGCCUUGAACAAGAUCCGAGUGGAUCUGCAUUCGCUGCCAGUGAAGAGGCCCCAAGGCCGAAAGCGCAAGCACGGGGAGGCUUAG